CGAUCAGUUCGGUUUCAACAAAAGUAUACAAUGUUAUCAAUAUUAAUUUUAACGAUUUUGGCUGCAUGUGAACUAGCUGGCGCUGAACAAAAAUGUCCAGUUGGUCAGUUCCGCUGCUUGGACGGCAAUUGCAUUAAGAAGGAAUUGAAGUGCGACGGUGUCAAGCACUGUGUCGAUGGCAGCGAUGAGACCUUUAAGGCUUGCUAUAGAACAACUUGCGAUGAGAAAACGCAAUUCCGUUGCAGCUAUGGAGCCUGUGUGUCUGCUGAUCUUCAGUGUAAUAACAUAGCCAAUUGUUGGGAUAAUAGCGAUGAAAAUAAAUUUGAGUGUGCUCUCAAGAAUGGCAAUGAUAUAGAUCCCCUUUUUAAUGAACUGCUCCGUGGGUGUGAUCCAAAAUAUGCAGUGGGCUGCGAUGUUGAUAAGAAAAUGAAGUGCUUAAAGUGGAGUCAAAUUUGCGACGGGAAGAGGGAUUGCGCAGAUGGCACUGAUGAAUCUGUGGACCUGUGUGCAUACAGCGACUGUCCACUCAAUUCCUUCCGCUGUGAAAAUGGCGCCUGCAUAAACAGCAACGGCUUUUGCAAUCGUGAAAUCGACUGUGCCGACGGCAGCGAUGAGAUACCCGAUCUGUGCAGAAAGCCAAUUCCUAAAAUUAAAGAAAGCAACGACAGUGAUCCACACAACGGUGGAGUUAUAAUUGGACUUCUUCCGCCUGACGAGAAACUUAGUGAACUUCCUGAAUUCGAAUCGAAUGAUGAUAGUACUUGGACUUCAAGUGGAUGUACUUUGAAAGCCGUUGAUGGAAUUCGUGUGGUAGACUACUUUUCUGACUACAGCUAUAAAUCUGAUGCUGAAGUGCCGUCAAAAACUGUUGUGUCCAUGUACUGUGAAGACGGCUACGAAAGCUGGGGCGGCGCAUAUAUCAAAAAAUGUAUUGACUCCCAAUGGAAUUCCGAAGACUUCAAGUGUGUGCGAGUGUGCAAGCAAAAUGCCAUCGAACGCAACAUUCGCUAUGUGACGCAGUGCAUCCAUGAUUCGGAAUUGACCAACUGUAAAGAAAAUACUUUCAUAUUUGACACCAAAUUGUUGGUAACUUGUGCGCCUGGCUUUAAGCCUGCCAACGCUGACAGUCAACUCGGUCGACAUAGCUGCAAUGAGACUGGACUGUGGUUUACCGAAGAUGUCAAUCCUAAGUGCGAGGCCAUAUGCGGAAUUAAGUCAAUACAUCAUCCUGAUAUUACACCCUGGACAGUCAGUAUAUUUCAGCGUACCUCUGCGCACGAAGAUAGCUAUGACUUCAAAUGCUUGGGCACAAUUAUAUCGCCUUAUGUCGUUCUUACUGCCGAGAGCUGCGUUGAGGAUUUUGAGGGUCGUCGGGUCAAUCAUACUUAUAUUUCCGUUGCUGUGGGUAAUCACAGUGAAAGCUAUACGCAAUUUGAGGAGCAUGGUUACGAGCUGCACAACAUUUCGAAUGCACAAAUUGUGACUCACCAAGUGAUUCACAAGGCGGCGUUACUUACUCUGGUAAAGCCCUUUAAGUUUGGCGCCACAGUCAGACCCGUCUGCUUCGAUACAAGUUCUGAUCACAGUGAUUCAACGGUCUUUACCAUCGAUGACUUUAGAGAAUAUAAGCAGGGACAAGGCCUCACCAUAUUUGAUGAUGGCGAAUAUAGUUUAACGCAGCUUGUGGUCAACAAUCGGAUGAUAUAUGCUGUACAAAUAUUUGCGAAAUCCAUUCGCAAUGCUGUAACGAAAAGCGAGCUUAUUCCUUGAACAUUUAAUUCACUUUAUUAUGGUUUGAUUUUAGAGCUAAAAAUAAAUGUCAAUUUACAUUAACUAAAAUACACACACAUCGACUAUUGGCAAUUACUUAAGUAUUCAUGUCUGUACGAAUUAUAUUAAAUAAUGUUACUUUA